CAUCUUAAAUGUGAAAAUUGUUUCAGCACAGCAGAAAAUAAAACUAAUUCAGACUACAGACCUCUAUCAAAGUCCUUAUCAGCCGUCAUUACAGAGACCCGGUGCUCUGACGAUGAAGUUAUUGAGGUGGUACCCUUAUCACAGAAUGCAGAUUCCAACAACACUGGUGGAAUGACAGAGAGAUCAGCGUACAGUGAUAAUAGAAUUGCUAAUUAUCAAAAUGAGAUUAAAACCUUGAUUCUUUUUGAGGAUGUGGAUGCUACUCUCUGUGAAGAUCAUGGUUUUAUAUCUACAAUACAACAACUCGCAGAGACUGCCAAACGACCCAUGAUCUUAACAAGCAACAGUAACAAUCCUGUCCUUCCUAAGAGUUUGGACAGGUUGGAGUUAAAUUUUGAUGUACCAUCAGUGAAGGAGCUAUUUGGACUUGUCCAUGUGGUAUGAGUUCCUUGCACAG